AUGAGCCAGCAACUGAAGAAACGGGCAAAGACAAGGGGCCGGAAGAGCCUGGGCAGAAAAGCCCCCAGUGGGACUGAAUCGAGGAAAAGCAAGCCAAGCAGCCCCCGGCAGGCCGCAGUGGAGCCUCUCGACACAGCAUGGGCCUUCAGUGAUGAUGGAGAGUGCUUUGAGGCGGACCAUGAGGCGCUGGGGGAGGGCUCCUUCCCUGACUGUUACAUCGAGUGCAUCAUACGGGGUGACUUUUCUGAGCACAUCCUGGAGGAGGACUCACUUUUCAAGUCCUUUGAAAACAUCAAGGAAGCUUCAGACCAGGAGCUUUCUCAACAGGUGCUCGAAGCCAGCUCCCUCAUUGAGCGUUCUUUGGAGCACAUGAAAACGGGGGCCGAAGAAGGCCUUCCACGACAGGUCACUGGAGAGAGUUCACGCGAGUACUCCGAGUACAUGACAGGCAAGAAGCUGCCACCCGGAGGAAUACCGGGCAUUGACCUAGCAGAUCCUAAACAACUCGCAGAAUUUGCUAGAAAGAAGCCCAAAAAAAACCAGGAACGUGACGGUCUGGAGACCAUCGCUUGUCCUCAGACUGGAUGCACGAAGAAGCUGAGCAGCAGGGCUGCCCUGAAGAAGCAUGUCCUCGUCCAUGGGCCCCGCGACCACGUGUGUGCAGAGUGUGGGAAGGCGUUCCUGGAGAGCUCGAAGCUGAAGAGACACUUUCUGGUCCACACCGGAGAGAAGCCGUUUCAGUGCACUUUUGAAGGCUGUGGAAAGCGCUUUUCUCUGGACUUCAACUUGCGUACACACGUGCGCAUCCACACGGGUGAGAAGCGCUUCACGUGUCCCUUUGAAGGCUGUGACAGGAGGUUUGUUCAGUCAAGUAACCUGAAGGCUCAUAUCCUAAUUCACGCAAAGACCAAAAAGACUCCGUGA